GGCACAAAAUCACAACCAUGCACAUCGUGUGUCUGUACAACAAAAUUUCAGUAUCUAACAUACCACCGAUGCGGAUGAUGUUGUUAUACGAUUUUUCCGUGCUGUGUACAGUAUUUCAUUGUCGUUCGUAAAACCGCACGAAAAACACAAAACUCAAUGGAACAUUUGUGAGACGAACGAAAGAAGGAAAAAAACGAACAUUGCAACGAAUUUAUCUGCUCUUCUGGAGGUACACCAUUUUACGGAUAUUGGAAAUGUGAAUGCUCGAUGCAGUCAAUGAAAAUGAGUUUAUUUCGGUGGAAUAGUUGAAACUAUAAAAAAAAACUUUACCGAGCGAUUUUUUUGAGAAUCUGCUUGUAUUCGUUUGCUUUUUGAAUCAAAACAAAUUGUGAAUAGAAUGUCAGCAAGAAAAGAGACAUUUUGUUGAAGAAUAACGGAAAGAACAUUGAUUAAGUGCAUAAAAAAGACACAGUUAAAGUGUACCAUCUUUUUCAAGUUGAAUGUGCUAAAAAAACAAAUUAUCGUGUUAUUAACGAGAAAACAGAGUAGCAGUAGUGUAUGUAGUGUGCACCUGAUCUCAAUGCAACACAGUUUUACCCAGGCUCUUGUCAUCAUAUUGCAAGACGUAAAGCAUUUAUUCUUUUUCGAAAAAAAAAUCCAUACUACUUGAACACCUUUUACGAAGUCAACAAACCGACGUUAUCUAUCAACGUUAAACAACUACACAUCAUCAUAAAAAUCUAAAAUUCAUGAUCAAACAUUAUCCGGUGUGGCGUUGUGGUCGUUUUUGCUACUCCGGUGUCUUGUCAAACACUAAAUUGAACUAGAAAUGCUGCUGAUACCGAGUCAACCGAAAAUAAUGGAUAUAAAUUUUAUGGGUUGUUCUGUUCUGGCGACGACAACACUUCUCUUCUUGUUGUUCGCAUCAGUAGCGACCGCUCUGCGUGAUGUUGAAGUUUUCGUGCCAGCGGCUGUAAAGAGAGGCGAUACCGCACGUUUGCAUUGCUUGUACGAUUUGGAAGGUGAUACGCUUUAUGCUGUGAAAUGGUACAAGGGACGGAGAGAAUUCUAUCGAUACACGCCAAAAGAGAAUCCAGCAAUGAAAACAUUUACGGUGAAUGGCAUUAAUGUAUUGCGUUCCGCAUCGAAUGAAAGUCAAGUCUCACUGUCUCAUGUGCAACCAAGCGCAUCAGGAAAAUAUAGUUGCGAGGUCUCUGCUGAUGCGCCAUCUUUUCACACAGAGAUUGCGACCGAAGCGUUAGAGGUGGUGGAUACUCCCGAACAUCGGCCAAUCGUGCAUGGUAUUAAGCCACGCUAUAGAAUUGGAGACAGCUUAAGAGCCAAUUGUACGUCGAAAAAUUCAAAACCAGCUGCUAAUCUCACGUGGUAUAUAAACGAUAUUCCGCCAAAUCCGUUGAAUGUUCGAACUUAUCGUAUCAUGAGAGACCACAAAACCGAUCUGGAAACGAGUUUGACUGGUAUACAAUUCGUGAUUACACAACAACAUUUUCUCAACAACAAACUCAAGAUUCGCUGCACGUCGCAAAUACACGACCUUUAUUCACAAAAAACCGAGAAGGUUAUAGAACAAGAACGGCCUAAACCAGUGCACACACCUGCUACUAAUAAUAAUAAUAUAGUGCACAAUAGCAUUCCGUAUGAUCCGUACAAUUAUAAUUAUGGUGAUUUUUAUGACAAAAAAGAUUCACACUUAACACACAUUAAAGGAGAUGUAGAUUCAUUAAGCGCCGGAAAUUCAGGACACACAAUUUCUCAUUGCGAUUGUUUACACAUGAAAUGUCUGUUAAUUUUGGCAGCAUUACUCUUACAUCGCAUCGCAAAUUACGAUCAACUGACAGCUAUAAAAACGUGAUGUGGUAUGUGUCAUGUCACGGCCCGAGAACUAAGAACUACCAUUCAACAACAACUAAAAUGGCAUUUUUUAUUUCGUUUCAUUUUUUUUUUUGUAAACUUUCUUUAUUUGAAUUUAUCGAAAAGUCACGGUUGAAACAUCUUGAUUAUUUGAUGUGUAAGUCUUGGGCAGCAUGGAUUUGCUUCCCUCUAUUUUCGAAAUACCACAUGCUUUUUGAGUUUAUAUUGAAAUUCUAUGCAGAUGAAACAAAAACCUAGGAUAUUAACUAUAAUGAAUUGUAGUGAAAAUAAAUUAUCGUGCAAAAUGAAAAAUGUCACUAACGACAUGAAAUAUAAUCAAAUCGUGUAUAUAAAUACAUAUAAAUAUGAAUGUCAAACGUCACGAUGAGUGAUAUUGUAUAUAAAAUGAAUCACUGUUUAACUUUAAGCAAUGUCUUUCGACGCGAAAUAUUAGAAAAAACACCUAUUCUUAUUAAAGCUAAUGGAAACCCUCAGAAGAUCACCCUUUUAUGUAUCCAUUUCGUGAGCACCAAAUCUCACCAUAGUUAUAUUUCGAAUUGAAUUGAUUUUAGUUUAUGAUAAAUUUAAGAACAACAAGUUACUCUGAGCACAAUCGAAUGUUUAUUUGAUUUAAAACAUAGUGUAUAAUCAAGAUGAAAUCUUUUUUCUAAGACAACCGUUUUUUUUCCUAAAAUUAUCGACUUCACUACUGAUACCCAAUAAUGUAAACUCUUCCAAAUACAAUUUGCAAAUCCGUAUAUCCCCGAUUUUUUAUUUAAAUGUUUCUAUUGGGAAAUCAUCCCUACACUUGCUAUUAAUAACUUUCGUUUGUUGUUGAUUACAACAAUUAAUAGAUGUCCAUGCAUAUAUAUUCUGUUUCCGAUUGCAAUAAACACUCCAAUCAAGCAUUUUUCAUGCUUGAAUAAAUAGCGAUUCAUUAGUGUCAGCCACUAACAUUAGAGAGGAACUAUAAAUAAUCAUAAGCCGAAGAAGUCAUAACAUUUACCAAUAUUAAUGGAAAAUUAUACAAAUGGAAUAGUUUAUGUGCAAGUAGCUGGGUACAAAUACUAUCCCACGCAAGUACACCUUUUCAGUUAUUCAGGAUUUUCUUCUUAAGUAAGUUUUUUUUUUCGAAUCGAAAUAAUUUCGAUUUUAUUGAAAUUCUGAAAUAUUUUUUUGUUUGGAAAUAUUACUGGUAAACACUUGCACUUGGUACGAAUGUUAAUAACCCAGAGUCAAAAUAUAGUAUAUUAAUCGAAAAAUGAACUAUCAAACACUAACAAGAUAAUGAAAUAGAACAAAUAUAAACAAGUAAUUGUUUUCAAAAUAAUCACAUCAAAUAAAUAAAUGUAUUUCUUCCGAAAAAUCGA